UUUUAGGACACCACUUGGGAGGAGCUGAGGGAGGGUAUUUCAUAAAUACCUUGCUGAUUUCUGCCCACAUCUAGCUGGAACUUUGCACCUUGCCUGCAGCCUGGUCGCAGAGAGGAUGACGAACAGUUCCCACACUAUGAAGACCGGUGUGCUCAUCCUGCUAGUGAGCCUACUGUGUGCAGAGAAAGCUCAGGGAUUGCACUGCUACGAGUGCUUAGGGAUCUCAUCUGAGUCCUCUUGUCAACCAACCACCUGCCCCUACACUAAUGGUGUCUGCGUUACUCAGGAGGUGGAAUUCACUAUGGGAUCUCAGAAAGUGACAAGCAAGUACUGCCUUCCCACCUGCCCUGAUAAGAAUCUUCUUCCUGGAUCUCUGGAAUUCCUGGGUAUCACCGUCAAGAUUUCCUGCUGUAACACAGACCUCUGCAAUGCAGCAGGUGCCACUGGGGGCAGCAUCUGGACCCUGGCAGGGGUGCUUCUGUUCAGCCUGGGGUCGGUCCUCCUGCAGGCUUGGUUGUGAUGGUCCUUCCUGCCAUUCCCGUCCUCAUCUUCCUAUCCCCGUGUGUGAUCACUCCUUCCUGGAGCCCUCUCAUGAUGAAU